AGGCACGGCAGCUCUCUGGUUGAUCAGUCUGCUCUGUUGGAGAGAAAGUAUUGCGAGUCCAAGCUGAAGGGGAGAGAAGUUUGAGGUCUUGUGCAAAGAAUUGGUUUGCUCCUGCAGAGAACAGUAAAUCAAUAUUCGGGGGAAAGAAAAUAACGCAUAUAUUUUUAGUCAUUUCAAGUCUUUCUUUUUUUUUCUUCUUCUUCUUCAUUUUGCACGGUGCACAUUAUUUUUUAAUAGAUAACAACACUCUUGGAUAAAGACUCUUGGCUUUAGCUUUAACAAUCGGAUUAUCUGACUGAAGCAUUGUCUUCAAUAGACCAGUCUACUUUUUCCCCCCCCUCCUCCUCUUCGCAGGUUUUUUAUGCUAUAACUGCAAAGAAACACCAACCAUGAUUGUGAAUUUUUGCCUCCUGGUGACAUGUAUGUUGGGGCUGCUGUCCGGGUGCUUGGGCUCAUACGUGCCGUGCGAGCCUUGUGACCAGAAGGCUGUGUCCAUGUGCCCUGAGGUCCCGGUGGGCUGCCAGCUCGUGAAGGAGCCCGGCUGCGGCUGCUGCCUAACGUGCGCGCUGUCCGAGGGGCAGGCGUGCGGCGUGUACACCGGGACUUGCACGCAGGGACUGCGCUGCCUGCCGCGGAGCGGGGAGGAGAAGCCGCUGCACGCGCUGCUCCACGGCAGAGGAGUGUGCACCAACGAGAAAGGAUACAAACCCGCUCACACGCCCAUAGAUCGUGAGUCGCGGGAGCACGAGGACACCAUGACCACGGAGAUCACAGAGGAUUUCCCGCCGGCUAAAGUGCCGCUGCUUCCCAAAGACAUUGUGAACAGUAAAAAAGUCCACGCGCUGCGCAAGGAGCAGAAGAGGAAGCUGGGCAAGCAGCGCUCCAUGGGCUCCCCCAUGGACUACUCCCCUCUGCCCAUCGACAAGCAUGAGCCGGAAUUUGGUCCAUGCAGGAGAAAACUGGAUGGGAUCCUUCAAGGGAUGAAGGACACUUCCCGUGUAAUGGCUCUGUCUUUGUACUUGCCCAACUGUGACAGGAAAGGAUUCUUCAAGCGCAAGCAGUGUAAGCCGUCCCGCGGCCGCAAACGAGGCAUCUGCUGGUGCGUGGACAAGUACGGCGUCCAGCUGCCCGGCACGGACUACAGCGGCGGGGACAUUCAGUGUAAAGACCUGGAGAGCAGCAGCAACAACAACGAGUGAAGUGGGGAGGACCACCCUUGACCCCUAUCCCCCCGACCCCUAACCACCGAGUGACCCAGGGUCCAUGCCUCCUCACUGAAUCACACCUGUAUGCUUCGCCCCUCCGUUCACGUCGAGAUUUCUGUUUUUGUUUUUUUUUCAAAUUGGAAAAAAAAAAAAGAGGAAGAGGAAAAAAAAAAAAAAGAAUCCAAACGAAAGAACAGGCUGAAAAAAGACACCUGUAAUCAUUUUUUUUCUCCUUUUUUAAUCUUUUUUUUCUUUUGUCGACCAAGCACUCAUCUUCAAAUGAGGGGGAAAUGUCCCGGGAAGAUUUAAAAAAAAAAUAUAUAUAUAUAUAUAAAUAAUCCCUUGACUCUUGCUCACAGGACCCCUUGAGCCGGGUUCCCUGAUCGCAAAUCCAUGAAAAUAUAUGCACACAAUGGAUAUAUUUUUAUAGAAGCUGGGGGUUUGAGUACACAAACACUUUGUAUGAUGUAACAUUAACACAAAAUCAUUAUGGAGAGAGAGAGAGAGAGAGAGAGAGAGAGAAAGAGAAAAGCAUCAGGCACAUUGAUUGAAAACAGAUUUAGGCUGUGGAAUAUAAUGCUUCUGUGGACUCGAGAAUUGGCUGUUGAGUAACUUUGUCCUUUUUUUGUCUAUUUUUCCGAAAAAGAAACGAAACAAGCGAUAGGGACAUGACGCAACAGUUGACUCUAUCUGGGUAUGUGGUUCUGUCAGAGCACUUAUAAAUAGGGGAACCUGCUUAGGUAUGUCAUUUAGAUAACUUCACAAAAUGAUGCAUGCUUGAAUGUGCGUAUGUGUGUGUGUGCGUGUGUGCGUGCGUGUGUGUGUGAGUCGUUGCGGACGACGGGAGUGAGCCUGUUUUUCGAGAAAAAAAAAAAAAAGAAUGUCCUCAUUUCUGUCUCUCAUUUUUUUGUUUGAUUUUUUUUUGUCACAACCGUUAUCGCGAGCGCUUGAAGUGGUCUCGGGGGCUGGCCUUCUCUUUUAAAGUAACUGUAUGAGCGUCACAGACGAACCUACGUGUACGUGGCUCUUUGACGAUGUAGCUAGCCUGAUAUGCCAACUGUGCCUAUUUUGAACAGACAAUGCCACGCAGGGCGACGCAGGGCGACGCAGGGCCACGCAGGGCCACGCAGGGCCACGCAGAGCCACGCAGGGCCACGCAGAGCCCAGAGAGCGCUGGCUCCGCUGGUGAAAUCCAAAACAAAGAAAAGUAAAGAUUUUCCGCUGAAGCGAAAUGGGACUCAAGUUUGACUUUUGGAUCUCUUUGAGUUCGGCGCACAAAUCGCACUCGCCAGUCCGGUCCGGCCACUUCUCUGGUCCAGACGUGUGUAGUGUAGUUUUGUAUGCUUUUUUUGUUUGUGAUGUUUUCUUUGCUUCCAGUGAAGUAAACACCGCCCCACUUUUUGAGCCAUGUUCCUUAAUCAAGUGGUCCCACCCCCCCACCCCAACCCCCCCCCCCCCCCAUUACUGCUACUACAGUGUAACCAUGGUGUAUUACGUUAUGUUUAAAUAUAGUUAUUGAAUGUUGUUUUUAUUUUAUUUUUUUUUCCUGUAGAAACAAAAGUAUGAUGUAAUUGUGCUUGAAAAAAAAAAGAAAAGAAAAGAUUUUUAAAGAAUUUGAAUAGUUUCCUUGUAGCCUGUCAGGGAGAGUGACCCAGAGUCAUUUGACAACAGGACAGUCAGAGAGAAGCUAACCCCUCUGGAAUCCUUCAGCUCACAUGCCUCCAGGGACAAAAAGAAAGAGAAGUUUACCCACCUGCAUCUACAGGGAGCGUGGGGAACAAAACAAACAUGUAACAGGUUACAAACAGGGUCAUUUAAGUAGAGUUCUCUCUCUGUGUGCAAAUCACAGUGCCUUCCUACAAGCGAAUACAUUAAAUAGUGACGUGAAAGUGACAUGGAUAUCAUUGUGGGGGGCGACUGAUACUUGAUACAACGAUAAAGAGGUCUGGGCUUUUAGUUCUGAUUAAGAGAAGACGUGAAUGUGGUCGGUCCAGUAAAAUGGUGUCAGCAAUGCAUUGGGAAUGUAUAAUCUCUGCCUGUACCUCGGGGCAAUUCUGGACAAGAAUGACGGGUGAGGAACCGCAGUCAGUCAGACAGUCAGACAGACAGUCAGACCUCCCUCUUUCUAUGACAACCAAUAAGCUAGGGUUCUUGCUUUUUUCAUGUGAAUGCCAAUGUAUAUGAUUGCCAGAGAGGGGAAGCCAAAAAGGGUGUUUGGAGGCAAAUCAACUACCCCCCCUUUAUUGAAACAAAGGUGGGGGGGAAAAAAGGUGACGCGUGCAUCCUCAGCGGCUUCCGGUUGUGAAUAUAUUCCAGGUUCCUCGCCUCCUCUUUCAACACCAAAUCCCCCACUACCACUUUCGAGAGAGAAAAAGAAAAAAAAAAAAAGCAGCUUGCACUUAUUUCAGUUAUUCACUAUUGAUAUUGACAUUCAACGACGUCCUAAGAUGUGGUAUGAUGAAGUUAGUGGAACACAAUUAAAAGAAAAAAAAAAAAACGGAAACAAAAAAACCGACACAAAAGCUACUUGUUGUGUUAUCUUGUGCUUGCCUUGUAAAGGCGACGCUGUGAGGUAAUAUUUAUCGACAGGGGCUGUGCAGCCCAUGCCUGGGACCUCCGAUACGCAAACAUCUUUUUUUUUUUUUGUUUGUUAGGGAAACUUAGACGGAAAAGUAACACGCAGCUAGAUUUGUGCUCAUGGUGAAUCAUCGCGGAGGAGAGAGGGACACAGGAGGAGGAGGAGGAGGAGGAGGGGCGAACGCCAUGGGCAGUGGUCAUAAUCAGGGCGUAGCCACUUUCCACCCCCCCGAUACGGGGGUCACCAACUGCAUGAUGUUAGAUACAGUUAGCUUAGACAGUUUCUGGUCAGAGAGUCACGGAAAUCUGGGGAAUGCAGUACUGCAACCAGGAGGAGAGGACGCUCCAAUCGUAUGUGGUGUCAUAUAAUGUGUGGGUCAGUCACAGGUGUCGAUACUUCAAUGGGAAUUUGUUGUCUUUACGUGUGGUUUUGCAGGUUGAAGUUAAAAGUAAAAAAAAAAAAAAAAAAGAACAACUAUCCUUCAUCGUGUCAGGAGCAGCUCCUUUGUUUCCCAGCACCUGCUUGCGAGUAGUGACUUCCUCAGUUUUCUCAACUCCUACUUGGUUUGAAUUCAUAUUCACAUUAUACACAAAAACAUUUUUUUUUUUUUUUUACUUCAGUAGCACAGUAAUGACAGAAAAGUACAGCUUUUUCAGAAUACAUAACAUUUUAUUAUUUUUUUUUGGAUGUAAUGAGACGAAAUAAUUGGUUCUAUUUUCUUUUGGUAAUUUGGUGUUCACUGGCUUGUGAAAUAGACCCAUCAGUGGCAGGAGGAUAGUGGGAAAUAAAAUGGUCAGUAUUUGGAAAUACAUAAGGCAAAAUAAAAAAAAAAAUAAAAAAGACAAAAAAUCUCAAAUUAUUAAAGUGAAUAUCACUGUGUAAUAUUUAUUCAACUUGUAAUUUAUGUACUCUUUUAACCUUUGUCUUUUUUGUUAUGACAAAGCAUUUAUUUAAAUAAAGUUAUGUAUUCAUUUAA